CAGCAGUUGACGACAGCCGAUCGAUGGGCCGCCAACGCAAGACCCAGCGAGCUCCCAUGCCGCUCCGCCGACUGCCAACCGGCAAGGAGCCCUAUGAGGAGGCGAUCCAGAUCCUCCGCAACACUGCCACCUUUGUGCCGCAGCCGUGGCACACAUUUGAGCUACCGCACUACGUCGAGCCGCUGCUGCGCGUCAGCACGAUGGACGAGUGGCUUGGCUGGCCGCUCGGCAAGGCCCAGGCGCUCGAGGUCAUGGACGCGUACACAACGUCGCCCGGCGUUGCGGUCGUGCCGGCGGCGCACCUCGCGGUCCAGAGCGCCGACUGGCAUCACGCGUUGGACGUCGCCCGCCAGUACAUUCGGACGAUGUUCUCGCCGAGCGGGUCAUUCUCGCUGCAGCUGUCGCACUUGCUGCUCGAUGCGACCGGCGUAUCACCGACCCCGUCGUUGCGACCUGCGGGCAGUAUUGGCACCGUGGCCUUUCUGCUGCCGUCCCUGUUUACGGGCGGCGCCAUGACGCUCACGAACGACGGAGCUACGCACGUCUGGCAGCCCAACGAUACGUUUCUGACGCGGUUGCACUGCCUUGUCCAAGCAGCGUCAUCCGACAUCACGGUCGAUCGCAUCACGAGCGGUCGGCGCGCGCUUCUGGUCUACGACCUUGUGGACACGUCGCCGUCGACGACCUUCGCGGAUGCGGUGGCCAAGCUCGCCGCGGCGGCACACGAGCAUCCUCGGCUCUUCAACUUUGUGAGUCUGCGCCUCGCGCACCCCAAUCCGAGUCUGGACUAUGACCAGCUCACGACCGGCGACAAGAUCGUGGUGCAGGCGCUAGCUCAGUCGGGCGCCUACGACGUGGUUCUUGCCGAGCACGAAAAGUACGCCGACUUUUUCAACGACGGCGAGUCGGAUUGCGCGGCGACGAUCAAGCGCUUUCAGGAGGUGCCGGGUGCGGCCCUGCCCGACGUUAUCGCGGACCACACCCACUACCUCUCGGCCGAGGCGCUCCUCUUUGAGAAGGCCGAUCCGCGCACGGACAACUACAACGGGCCACGGUACUCGAUCUUUUUCUGGCCCAAAUCCGCACGCAUCCUCUUUGUUGACCUUGAGACCGGCGUCAACGCGCUCCAGGAAGCCGUUGGCGGCCAUUCGACCGACGAUCUUCUCGGCCAACCGUCAAUCCAAGCGCUCCUCGACGCCCUCUUGCUUCGGUUCAACGACCGCAGCGAGCCCGAAGUCGGCAUGGCGUACGGCCAGAGCCUUGGUGUGUUGUGCGAUGUGCUCAUCGCGCUACAAGAGCGAGAUACAGUCCAGCACCUGCUUCGCGAUAUCGUUCGGUAUACGAAAGACGCCGAGUCGUUCUCGGGCGUCGCGUCGGCCAUCUCGUCGCUUGUCGCCUUCUUUGGCUGGGAGACGCUCUCGGUCUCGCUGCACGCCAUGCUGCGCCGCUGGAGCCAAAGCGCUCGGGGCCUCCACUUGUGCUACCGCCUCGUCGCCAACUUGGCCGGCGCCGCCGAGUCGCCCAUCUGCGCGCCCAUUUCGCAGCCGUUCGCGGUCGAGCUCAUUGUGUCGCUUUGGUCGCAAAUCGCGGCCGAGGUCGAGUCCGUCAUCCAGCCCGGCGGCACAGUCAUCGUGGAAGACGGCUGUAUGGACGACAGUUGUGCGGCUGCUGCGCCCCGCGCCAUCUUCCAGUUCACCUUGUUUUUGCAGUUGCACGUGGCCCGCCCCGAACGAGUGCGCCAGCGCUGGCUCUACAACCGCCUUCCGGACCGUGUCGUGGCCCAGAUUGCGUCAUUUCUCGGGCCCGCCGUGUCUCUGGCCGAGAUGGAAGACAUGGAAAUCUUCGAGCCAGUGCUGGACAUGACGCCGGGCGUGGCGGCGGCGAUGCGCAUCGGUCUGAACCAUGGUGCCAACAUGGGCUUUAUCAACAGUAUCCUCGAUGCGUACCUUGAAGGGGCCGACGCCGACAUGGAGGACAACGUCCACUUUGACCUGCAGCUCGUGUCGUCGCUUUUGGUGGUCGCCGCCGCCGGCAACCGGUUCACGGCCGUGCUGGAACGGCUCACGUUCGAUCGGCACUUGGCGCUCGCACCGUCGAUGCUGGCGUUUGUGCAGCUCUGGCCCGAGAUUGCUUCGCCAAGCAUUCGACAGCAGUGCUCGGAGCUCCUACUGGAUGCAGCGGGCGAUAGUAUUGUUGCCAACCAAGGCCGGAUCGGCCGGUGCCGGCCGACGCCCGUUCUCAACGCCGUCUCAGCGCUGACGUAUUUCGCCAAGUUUGACCGCGUCAACUUGAUGACGUUCAUGGCCACGUGGCUGGCUGCCCUCGGGCGCGACGCGGUUCAAACGACGCUCGGCGAUGUCGUGAUCGAGCUGCACACUCGAGUUCCGUCCGAGGCCCGCUUGAUCUCGCGGCUCGCGCGAGUCUACUUGGCGGACGUCGCCAACGACGCAACGGUUCCGCGUCUCACCGACUAUGCGCUCCGCAACGUUGCCGUGCCGGCGUGCUGCGACCACUGCAGCGAUUUUCGCUCGUAUAUCGAGGACCCGGUGCGCGUCACGUUUGCGGUUGGCUGCUGGAACUCGUGCGACCGCCUGCUCGAGGUCGUGCGCCGUCACCCGCUGCAGUUGCAGCUGCAGCACACGACGUCGCCACGUCAUGACGAGAAUUUUGAGCUCGAGUACGACAUUGAGUUUGGCGAGGUCGUCGACGAGGAGUUUGUGUGCAAGGUGCGCCAGCCAGGACAAGUCACGGCCUCGGAGCUGCGCGAGCAUUUCGCCCGCCAGCGCGCCGCCACCGAGCGCGCGGAAAAAACGCAGCGCAUCACGGCCAUUCGCGACGCCGUGAUGGCCUCCAUGAUGGCCCACGACGCGUCCGAGGACCACCGCUGGUAGCCUUUUUAUGUUUUAUGAUUUCUAAAGUCGAAAGCGCUCGCCUCCGA